UCCUUUUCUCUUUCCCAUUCCCGGCUUUGGUUUCCCAUGGCGCCCCCCGAGCUGCGGGAUUUGCUGCAGUCGGCGCCGCAAUGGCGGAAGAAGGACGUGGACUCCAUCGAGGCGCGGCUGAGCCGCGUGGGCGUCACCACCUGCGCCGAGCUGCGCUUCGCGCUGCGCAGCAAGACGCUGGCGGAGUCCCUGCAGCGCAGCGGCAAGCCUUUGACGCCGGACACGCUGCGGACCCUGGAGCAGCUGGCGGACGCAGGUGAGGUGUCUCACGAGGAUCCGGUGAAGGAAUUCCCUCGGAUGCACGGCCUGUCUCACAUCCGAAGAUCGCCCAGGUGGACCUUCAAGCAAUCCACCGACCUCGAGCGGCGCUUCCUGCCGCCCGGUCCCGGCGCGUACCACUCAGACACACCGGAAUGGUCGUCUAGAUACCAGAAGGGCCCCGUCUUCUCCUUCGGGCUCUCGGGCCGGGACCCCGUGGGCAAGCAGAAGAUCCCGGGGCCCGGAGCCUACGAGCUGGCCAAGGAGGCCGGGCAGGGCACCGCCAGCUGGACCAUGACGGCGCGCCGCGCCGGGCACGGCGCGGACGGGGAGGUGCCCGGGCCCGGGGACUACGAGCUGCAGGCCAGCCUGGGCAAGUCCCCGAGAUACACAGCGGGCAAGAAGUUCGACAUGGGAGCACAAAAGGAGCGGCCUGGGCCCGGCGACUACUUCCAGGGGGAGCUGGGCGCGAAGACCCCGUCCUGGCGCUUCGGCACCUCCAGCCGCCCCAGCAACGGCUUGGGCCAGCUGGCGACCCCCGGCCCCGGCGCCUACAUGGUGGCCUCCACGGUGGGUUCCGCCCCUGCCGCCACCCUCAAGGGCCGCCAUGCCGGGGGGCGGCCGACGCCCAUGCCGGGGCCAGGAGCGCAUGGAGGGCAUUAUUCCUCUUUUGGAUAGUCCAUUGCGAACCUGGUGAGGCCACCUUCGCCCGAGAGCUUGAGCCAGGGCUUGCCCGCUCUCCAGCGCUCAGGCGCUCAAAAGGCGUGGUGCGUUCCUUUUUCUUUGCGA